AUGUAUUCACUGCAACAUCCGCAAAUGGAUGAGAGUUUCUUGCAGCUCGAUUCAAAGGUUGACGAAGUUAUGAAUUUGUUGCGAGGCAUUAAAAAACCAAAUGCAGAGGAGGCUGAAACGGAAUCGGAAGAGACGGCAGGAAGUGUCACAGACGACAAUUUUAUGGUCACCGCGAGGAAAAAUCAAAUUGAGGGAAAAGGAAAUACUCUGAAUAGCGCCAAGGACCGCCUUACAUUCAUGAGACAGGUGGAAGUGGACCAGGCUGAGCGGUCCAAAGCACGCCUAGAACGCGAGCGCGUGGCGCAGAAAUUUAGAAAGCUUGGCAACUCUGAUUAUCGCAAGGGAGACUACGAGAGUGCUGUGCGUAUGUACAGUCAAGCUCUGGAAAAUAUUAAAGACAGUCCCAUAUUGUACAUAAAUCGAUCUCUGUGCUUUAUCAAGUUGGGUCGUUUCAAACGUGCUAUCAUCGAUUGUGACUUUGUGUUGAACAAGUUGGACGAAAAGAACAUGAGAGCCUGGCUGUAUCGCGCCAUGGCCUAUAAAAGCUUAAACGACGAGGCCAGCUUUGAGAACUGUAUUAAAUAUGUGCGUAAAUAUCAUUCCAAGCAACUGGAAUUCAUAGACGCUUUUAUUGAAAAAAUUAAAAGUAAAAAGGACUAA